CGGGAUGGCGGCGGCGAUGGGGCUUCGGCUCCUGUCUUUCUCCCGACGGGCUCUCCGCGCCCCCCGCCCGAGCUCGCUCCCCGCCCGGCGCGGCUAUCAGGGGGGCUCCCCGGCCGACUCGCGGAAGGACCUGCUGGAGAUCCCCUUGCCCCCCUGGCAGGAGCGGCCCAGCGAGCCCCUGCAGGCCAAGAGAGCCCGGCUCCUGUACGAGAGCAGGAAGCGAGGCAUGCUGGAGAACUGCCUGCUGCUCAGCCUCUUUGCAAAGGAGAAUCUGAACAGCAUGACUGAGCGGCAGCUGAACCUCUAUGACCGUCUGAUCAACGAGCCCAGCAACGACUGGGAUAUUUACUACUGGGCAACAGAAGCAAAGCCCACCCCGGAGGUGUUUGAGAAUGAUGUCAUGGUGAUGCUGAAAGAGUUCACCAAGAACAAGAACAAGGAGCAGAGGCUGUGGCAGCCGGACCUGGAGUACCUCUUUGAGCUCUCACGGUGAGGCACCCUGUCUGCUCCGGGAUCCUCUUCUCAUCCCUAGCAGCAGAGGCUGAGGUGCCUAUACCUAUUUGGCAGCCUGCAGUGCUGCGGUCCUGGCUCCUGGAGUCCUCCACCCGGUGGUUGCUUCUACCCAGGUUUCCAAACCCCACCGAAUAAAGUUUCAAGCACUAUCCCUGACCGUGGGAAUUUCUACGUGGAUUUGUCCCACUGUUGUACGGGUGCAGCAGUCCACCUCAGAAGUGGCUGCAUUUCAGUGGCACUGUAUGUAUAUAGCUUGUAGAGCAUCUUGGUGCGAGAGAAAUAGAAGGUGAUAGCAUUAUGACAGUGUGCUUUGAUUCAUUGUGAAAUUCCUCUUGUUGUUUGACCGUGGGGGCCUCUCUGAUGGCUACAGCCUCUCCAUUAACCAUUCCUUGUAAAUCCUUGUGGCCAGAGCCCACCAAUGGGUAAAUUCAGUGUAAAGGGAGGGGCGGGGGGGAGAAGAUAGACCCGCCCAGCAGGAAGAGUAUCCACCACUCGCUCUUUUCCAGCCUCCUGUUUAAAUACACUUGCGCCAGGAAGGGAACAGCAAUGCUCACUCCCUUGUGAGGUUAAUGACUGAUUAUGUGCCCAACCAACCCUGCAGGCUGAAAACAGUUUGCUUAAACUGAGCAUUCUCCAACCUUUUCCAAGAGUGAAUCCUGUGCAAUUAUUUUUUGUUGCAGAAGCACCUAUGAGUUGCAGUCAUGCGCCAGGCCCCCAUUGUGCUAGGCCCGGGGUUGUGCAAACACAGACCAAGUGGGCAGUUCCUGCCCCAAAGAGCUGCCAUCCUAGAGAGUGUGUCUCUUGGCCGCUCCCCUUCCGCUGGUGUUCAGAUUGUGUCCCUGCAGCAAUUGCUGCCAUGGGAAAGAUGCUAGGAGUGGGUUUGAUGAGUUUAGCUUCAUUUAUUGCAAUGUAUCAGCUGGAAAGGAGGAGGAGCCAAUGCGAUGUGACCAGCCUGUUCUCAGCUACUCUUUGGACCGCAGUCCCAGGAUGCACCUGGCCUGGCUGCCAUCUCUCUCUCGUGUUAUCGGUAAGGCCCUGUUAAAUCACGGUUUCAGGGACUGCAUGGAAAGAAGUGGGUUGUAGCCCACGAAAGCUUAUGCUCUAAUAAAUUUGUUAGUCUCUAAGGU